AUGGUCGCACUCAAGCAUUUGAGUGUGACUGCAGUCCUCUGGCUGGGCCUUGCUAGCCGUGGACUUGGACAGUCCCUUGAUAAGCCCGACGAUCUUGUUGUUCGCGGCGAGAACGCUGAGGAAAUUGUUACUCGAGAUGUCGAUCUUGGUCUUGGAGAAAGAGACGAGGACGAUGAGCUUGAAACUCGCGACUUUGACGACGAGCUCGUCGAGGUUCGUGACUUCGAGGAUGAUCUUCUUGAGGCUCGAGACCUCGAUGAGGAGCUCCUAGAGGCCCGUGAUCUCUACUUCCUCCCACUCCUCCUCCAUCUCCUGCUAAUCGAGGACGCCGUGAUCUCAACUACCUCAAGGCCCGCGGUCUCUACGCUCGGCAACGUAACCCUCCCCCUCGACCGGCUCCUAUUCCUAUUCCCCGUCCUCGACCUGGACCAGUUCCUCCUACUCCUCCCCCCUCACCUGCAAACCGCGGCCGCCGCGGCAUCGACUAUCUCGAGGCUCGCGAUCUCUACGUCCGCCAGCGUAACCCUCCUCCUCGCCCGGCUCCUAUCCCUAUUCCCCGUCCUCGCCCUGGACCAGUUCCUCCUACCCCUCCUCCUUCUCCUGCUAAUCGAGGACGCCGCGGUAUCGACUAUCUCGAGGCACGCGAUCUCUACGUCCGUCAACGCAAUCCUCCGCCUCGUCCGGCUCCUAUUCCUAUUCCCCGUCCUCGCCCUGGACCGGUUCCUCCCACUCCUCCUCCCUCACCAGCAAACCGUGGCCGCCGCAGUGUCGACUAUCUCGAGGCACGCGAUCUCUAUGUUCGUCAGCGCAACCCUCCGCCUCGUCCGGCCCCGAUCCCUAUUCCCCGUCCUCGCCCUGGACCGGUUCCUCCUACUCCUCCCCCCUCACCUGCAAACCGCGGUCGCCGCCAGUGAAGGGUCCAUGACAAGAAUGUCUCCUUAG